AUGGAGCAUGGGAUAUCGGCUUUAUGUCAAUAUCUGGCAGAAAUUGAGCAACCUGAGGUCGAGGCCAAACGACAAUUAAGCCUAUACAACCAAACCAAGGCUCACUCAUCGACCAAAGGCAAUCAUGCAAAUGCAGACAACAAGCUUUGCCCAGCUAAGAUCCGGAAGUGGAAGGGGGCUCCAUUAGAGCAGACAGCUAUCUGGGCCGAUCUCAUGCGCAACGAUUUGUAA